CGCACGGCGCCGAGCCGCCGUCAGGCGCUGAGCGGGGCAGCCCGGCGCGGCGCCGUCGGGCGCUGAGCGGGGCAGCCCCGCGCCGGCCUCGCGGGAGGCCCCGGCGCGGCGCCGGCAGCGCGGGAGGCCCCUGAGGCGCGAGCCGGCGGCGCGGCUGGGCGGCAUCAUGUCGGUGAGCGACAUGUUCAUCGCGCUGCAGGGCGUCCUCACCGCCGACCAGGACAUCCGCGAGGAGAUCCGGAAGGUGGUGCAGACGCUGGAGCAGACGGCUCGGGAGAUCCUCACGCUGCUGCAGGGCGUUCACCAGGGCGCCGGCUUCCAGGACAUACCAAAGAAAUGUCAGAAGGCUCGUGAACACUUUGGUACAGUAAGGACACAGCUUUCAUCUCUGAAGACCAAGUUUCCUGCUGAUCAGUACUACAGAUUUCAUGAGCACUGGAGGUUUGUGCUACAGCGGUUGGUGUUUCUGGCAGCGUUUGUUGUCUACUUGGAGACAGAAACAUUAGUGACCCGAGAAGCUGUUGCAGAAAUACUUGGGAUUGAAGCUGAUCGAGAGAGAGGCUUUCACCUGGACAUAGAAGACUAUCUUUCUGGUGUAUUAACUCUUGCCAGUGAGCUGGCCAGACUGGCAGUGAACAGUGUCACAGCUGGUGACUAUUCUCGCCCUCUCCGCAUCUCAACUUUUAUCAACGAGCUGGAUUCUGGCUUCCGUCUCCUCAACCUGAAAAAUGACUCCCUGAGGAAACGUUACGAUGGCUUGAAAUACGAUGUCAAGAAAAUUGAGGAAGUGGUUUAUGACUUGUCGAUCAGAGGACUCAAUAAGGAGGCAACAGGUGGUGUUGGUGGCGAGAAAUGAAGGAUGCUUGUUUUAAUGGCAUUAUUGAUUACCUCAGAUGGUUGCCAAUUUAGGAGGCAUGUUAGCAAAGCCCUCCUGCAGUAGUUUAGAAGAACUGCAGCUGAAAGCUGCUCUCUAUUUUCUUACAAAAUGUGUAGUACGGGUGUUAGAUCUCAAAAUGUUUUGUAAAAUCAUGCCUAGGUUAGGGCAGCAGGUUCUCUGUUUCUAGUGAAAUUCCUCUGUCAAAACACACGUUGCUGUUCUGUGCACAGCAGCAAUAGCUGUCAGUAACUCUCGUAAGCUGAAAUUCUCAUUAGUUCCAUAGUGCUGCUUCACUGCUCUGGCAGUGAUGUGCUUCAGCUGUUUCUGCUCACACACCUUUAAAGAUGUGUGCAAAUACAUGUGAUAUUUUAAGAAACACAGUGUGUAAAUACCUAUACAUUUUCUUAAGACACUGAUUAUUUUUUGCCUUUUUUCUUAAAUUUUCACCUACUUUAAUAAGUUGAAUGGAAGAGAUUUGCAUAGCUGUUUAUUACUCAGAUCGUUAAAAAUGGUUUCAGUCAACGUAUCACAACCCCCUUAUUUGAGAAAUUAAUGAGCAAAUUCCUGAGAUUUUCUCCAUUGGAACUAACAUAUUGCACCAGGCAUGCAUAAAAUAUAUACAUAUAUUUAUACACACACACACCUCUCUGUCUCUCUCUCUCUCUGUCUCUCUCUCUCUCUGUCUCUCUCUCUCUCUGUCUCUCUCUCUUUUUAUUUUUCUUUUUUUUCACCCUUUGAAUGAGAACUCUAUUACCAGGGAGAGCAGGGUUUUCUCAAACAUCUGCUUUCACUGGUUGGCAUUUGUUUUACUGACAUGAGUAAAUGUUGAAUUUCAGAAUGAUCAUUUACCUUGAGAACUCUGUGUAACCAAUUUCUUUUGGACUACCAAAGUUUCCAAAUAGAGAAGUGUUAACUGAUAAACUGCAGGUAGUGUUUGAGUUCUGAAAACCUAAAUAGACCACAACUUCAUGUGUUUCCUGGGAUUAAAAAAAAAAGAUAGUUCAUGUAAUAAAAUGUUUGUAUCUUCAGAAAAUGGAAAACUUAGUUUUAGAUAGUUUGCAUGUAAUAUUUUUUCAAACACCAACAGACUCUUCCAUUUGUGUAAAUGGACAGAUUCAUAGCUCCCAGUGUGUUUGUUCUCGUGUCCUAAAUGACUUUUUGUUUUUGAAUUUUCCCAUUCUUUUACCACUUUGUGAUCCCAUAGGGUUAAGAAGAAAAACUAACUUUGGGAGGAGGAAUAUUUCUAAAGGAUGAAUAUGAACAAUCAAAGUUAUGUGGGAUUUGUUUGUGUUUCAUUUUGUUGGCAAAGAUUUCCCAUUGUUUCAGUUAGUAUUUUUUUUUAUUAGAAGAAAAUGGUUUCUUGGUUACUUUGGCCAAUAAAAACUAUUCUGUGUUUUUGGCCAUUUGCUA